UGUUGUCAUGGAGGAGCAAAGAUGGCGACCCUGGCUUAUAGCCUGGGCAAACGCGAAAUAAAUCAAUAUUUCACCAUUAAAAACGCUAAAGUCAUCUCCGUGUUCCUCGCGCUCGUGCUGCUGCUGCUCCACUCCUCUGCGCGCGUGCUCAUCGGCUCAGACUCGUGCACGUGGCUCCUGUCCACGGGACGUUUCCUGCGGAACAGAGUGUGGCAGCCCGAUGGCUGCAUGAUGCACAGGUACAACCACAGGGAGGCCAGCACCUGCCUCGAUGGGAAGAAGGUUCUCUUCAUCGGUGACUCCCGGAUCAGAGCUCUGUUUGUGUCGUUCGUCAGUAUCAUCGCGUCUCAGAGGCAGUUUCCCGUAAAGAGACAUGCAGACAUCUCCUUUAAAGACAACAGCUCCACGGCUCAAGUGGAUUUUGUGUGGAGCCCUUGGACAAAUAACUCAAUGAAGGAGCGUUUAAUCUCAGCGUCCAAUGCACCAGUAAAGCCUGACGUCCUGAUCGUCGGAGCCGCUUCAUGGAUCAUCAGAGACUUCAAGGGGAGCGCAGAGGGUCUGCACCAGUACAAAGUCAACCUGACCUCCAUGUCUCCUGCUCUGGAGAGGCUGGCCCAGCACGCAGACGUCUACUGGCACAUUCAAGAGCCGGUGAACUGGAGGGCCCUGAGUGCGAGCAGGAGGAUGAUCACAGAUCAGCAGAUCGACCUGUACAAUGAAGCAGCGGCGGAGGCUCUGUCCUUCGGGCGCUCUCUCGUCCGGCCGCUCUCCGUGUCCCGUCUGGCGGCUCUGGAGACUCUGAACCAGUCGUCUGACGGGCUGCACAUGGCGGACAGCAGCGUGGACGUGGGGGCCAUGGCCUUAAUGAACAGUGUGUGUAACAAAGUGAUCCGGCCCAUUGACGGUUCCUGCUGCCAGAACUCGCCCCCGCUCACUUUUCUCCAGAAGAUGGCGCUGUGUUUGUUUGUGGCCUCCACUCUACUUUUCUUGCUGUUCCACUUUCUGAGGAAACGGCCCCAUCGGCGGCCCCCGGCCCCCGACCCGGAGAGUUUAGAGGAGAAGAAGCCGGCUACGGCCCCCGGGCCCCCGGGGGCCGAGGCGGCGUGCGGGGCCCUGUGCAGAAUGGGGCUCAUCAUGGUUUACUUCUACCUGUGUGACAGAGCAGACGUGUUUAUGAAGGAACAGAAAUGUUACAGUCACUCGGCCUUCUUCAUCCCUCUGAUCAAUGUGUUUGUGCUGGGAGUGUUCUGCAGCGAGAGCACCAAAGAGAGUCGUGUGCUGAACAGGGAGCAGACAGAUGAGUGGAAGGGCUGGAUGCAGUUGGUCAUUCUCAUCUAUCAUAUUUCAGGAGCCAGUGCUUUCAUUCCGGUCUACAUGCACGUGCGCGUGCUGGUGGCGGCCUAUCUCUUCCAGACGGGCUACGGACACUUCUCCUUCUUCUGGCUCAAAGGGGACUUCGGCCUGUACAGAGUGUGCCAGGUUCUGUUCCGCCUCAACUUCCUGGUGCUGGUGUUGUGCGCGGUGAUGGACAGGCCGUACCAGUUCUAUUACUUCGUUCCUCUGGUGUCGUUCUGGUUCGUGAUCAUCUACGGCGCGCUGGCCGCGUGGCCUCAGAUCGUGCAGAAGAAAGCCAGCAACAGCGCCCUGUGGUACUUGGGAAUCCUGCUCAAGUUAGUGGGCCUCCUGCUGCUCAUUUGCCUCUUUGCCUAUUCACAGGGCGUGUUCGAGAGCACCUUCACGGCGUGGCCGCUUUCCAGCCUCUUCCAACUGGACGGGGACAUUCGCGAGUGGUGGUUCCGCUGGAGACUGGACCGGUUUGCCGUGCUACAGGGGAUGGUGUUUGCCUUCCUCUAUCUGCUCCUUCAGAAGAAGCAGGUGCUGUCGGAGACCAGAGGAGAAGCUCUGUUCUCGGCUAAAGUCUCCCUGCCCCUGCUGCUCCUGUCUGGCCUCUCUUUCGUCACGUACUCAGUGUGGGCCAGUAACUGCCAAACCAAAGCCCAGUGCAACCAGAUGCACCCCUACAUCUCUGUGCUCCCGAUUCUGGCCUUCAUCCUCAUCAGGAACAUUCCCGGCUUCGCCCGCUCCGUCUACAGCUCCUUUUUUGCCUGGUUUGGGAAAAUCUCUUUGGAGCUGUUCAUCUGUCAGUACCACAUCUGGCUGGCAGCAGACACCAAGGGCAUCUUAGUGCUCAUCCCUGGAAACCCGUCCCUCAACAUCCUGGUCAGUAGCUUCAUCUUUGUGUGUGUGGCUCAUGAGAUCUCCCUCAUCACCAACCUCCUGGCCCAGCUGCUCAUUCCUAAAGACACUGUGGCUCUGCUGAAGAGGCUGGGGGCCGUGGGGCUCCUCUCUCUGCUGCUGGGGGCCCGGGGCCACUCCUCCUCCGGGGCUUGAGUUCUGUUCACAUGUUUGGCACUUUGAGUUUGCAGAGUCUGUGACAGACAGACGAGCAGUUUGUCCAGAGGACCUCAUCUGCUGCUCCAUCGUCCAGGACCUCGAUUGUACUGUGCUCUCCUCCGUCCAUCAGCACGCCACGCACACGUAUGUAGUUACUCCCUCGUCCAAACUUUUCUAAUGAAAAACCGCCGCACUGGCCAGUGUGUGUGAGUGCAAGAGCUCCUCUGUCCCAGCUCCAGACCCUCCGCCGUCCAGAGCUGGUCACACUUUGACUCUGUAAGGACGUGUACGUGAACUUCAGAUUGUGUGCAAUCGAUAUUGUAAUUUCUGCUUCUGUUUGUUGUUUACUGUGAGAGUUAUUUUAAAUGAUUAUUUAAUUUUGUGUGAAUAAGUUUAUAAAGUAUUGUUUCUGUUGUACUUUGUAACAUGACGACAUCUGUUUGUGGAAGACUCUUCCUUUUCUUCUCUGAACAGAGUUUGAAGGUUUGAAUAAACCACUGUCUCCAAA